AGUACCAAAAAUCUGAUAUAGAGAGAUAGAGGAGGAUAUGGGGUUGUCAGCAUCGAAGCGAGUCUCCGGCACAUUGAACAGGUCAUCGGAAUUCACAACCGCCUGCGACGCCGCUUUCGAAGAAUCUCUAACCCUAGCUCAGCACGCCUCCACCGUAGUCCAUCCUUAUCAGCUUCUCGCAGCCGCCGUUCGCCUUCAUAGAUCUCUCAUCGCCGGCGGCGUUAGUCCUCUGGUACGAACUUGGGUCCCUGAUCCUCCAAGUCGUUCACAAGUAGAUAAAGCCUACCGAUCUGUUGUUUCUCGUCGGCGGUCUCCUCAAUCGGAGGAAUCGAGUGGGGUUGGGAAAGAGGAGUUCAAGUCGUUGGCGGUGGAGGUAUUCACUGAUGCUGUUAUUUCAAACGCUGGAAACGCUCUUAUCCGGCGCGUUCCGAUAGGAGUGGCUGGAAUUGCAGGAAUUGGAAUGGCGACCCGAUCUGGGAAAGAUUUGGUUGGGACGGCGAUUGGAGUUUACGCUCUUGGUGUGGUAGGGUCCAUUUAUCUUAGUUUGAUAGGAUAGAAGAUGUGGGUGUAUCCGCCGCUAUCUCAAUUUACAUGUUAAGUUGUUUGUUUAUGUAAUUAUUUUGGGUAAUUGAUAUUUUAUUUUAUAAUUAUCUUC